AUGACUAAGAAUAAAAAAACGAAAUGUUAAAUUGGUUAAUUUUUCAAAAAGUAAGUAGAAUAAAUCAGAAGAUAAUUAAAAAAAAAUAUCCUAUUGUAUUAAACAAAAGCUGCAGCUAAGAAGGUGAAGUCAAAUAAAAUUGAACAAAAACCAGAGCCCAUUUAAUUCAUUAUCAAAUAUCGACCAACCACUAAAACAACAAUAGCAAAAAGGGGUUCCAAAUUGAUGAAUUAAAGCAAAUAAUAUUACCAGUUAUUUUUAUAUAUAUCUGCUGAUUCAUUAGUGAUUUAAGCUUAAAUCCAUUGA